AGCAGUUACCCUCCCUUGGGAGGUUGGCAGCCUGGCCGCAAGUAAACGCACUGUAUCGUACAUCACAGUACCAAGCGGAAAGCCUGUGAUCUCAUGGCGAUUCCAGUCAAUGUAAAGAAAUGGAUAGACGAGAACAGAGAGUAUUUUUUGCCUCCGGUGUGCAAUAAACUCAUGCAAAACCAUCAGCUGAAAGUAAUGUUUGUCGGUGGCCCAAACCAAAGGAAGGAUUAUCACAUCGAAGAGGGAGAAGAGUUGUUUUACCAAGUACAAGGAGACAUGUGCCUGAAAAUCGUUGAGAAUGGAAAACACAAGGACGUUCACAUCAAGGAAGGCGAGAUGUUUCUCCUUCCAGGCCGAAUUCCGCAUUCGCCACAGAGAUACGCAGACACGGUGGGGCUCGUUUUUGAAAGGAGAAGGCUGGAUACAGAGAAAGAUGGCCUCAGGUAUUAUGUGGAAGGGACCACGGAAGUACUGUUUGAAAAGUGGUUUUAUUGUGAAGAUCUUGGAACUCAGCUGGCCCCAAUAAUGAAAGAGUUUUUCAGCUCAGAGCAGUAUAAGAGUGGAAAGCCAGACCCAGCUCAGCCAAUAGGAAAGAUGCCCUUCUUUCUAAAUACCGAACAAGUUAUGGAGCCGUUUUCAUUUCAGAACUGGUUAAACAAACAUCGCUUGGAAAUAAAUCAGAAGAAACGUGUGAGUUUGUUUGGACACAAUCAGGAGACAAAGGCUGUCGUCUAUGGAAGCGGAGAAAGCAAAGAUAGCAAAGCACAGACUGAUACCUGGAUCUGGCAACUGGAGGGCACAUCUUGUGUCACAUUGGGUAAUGAAGUUCUGAAGCUCGGCUCUGGGGACAGUCUCCUUAUCCCAGAAAAAUCUCUAUACUCAUGGAUCAGAGAGGAUUGUUCCAUUGCUUUAUCAACAAGCCAGGUUCCAGCUUAGAUGAAGCCAUGCAAUUAGCCAUUUCAUUAACAUAUUCCAGGAGGAAUCAUUCUUAUUGUUACACCGUGGGACCAGAAGCAGCCUGAAAAAGAAUCAACAUAUUGUGGUUUCAUAAAAGGACUUUAGUCUAAUUCAUAAAUAUAAUCUAUAAAGUAUAAUCUUCCAUUUUA